GGUGCACCUGGGCACGGCUGAGGGAGAAUAAGACUCUGCAGUGCAACGAAGGCUGAACCACAGGCAGUGCGCCUCAUGGCGGAGAGUCCGUCCUCGAACAGAGAAGGUCCUGAGCCCCAUCCUGGAGAUCUGAUUGAGAUUUCCUGCGGUGUUUACAAGCACUGGGCCGUGUAUGUGGGAGAUGGUUACGUGGUCCAUGUGACUGACGUUGAUGGUGGGCGUUCAGGAGUGAUUUUAUCCGGGUCUGUGUUGGGCUUGAGUUCCCGCGCUGUGGUGAAGAAGGACCUGCUGUCUGAGGUGACUGCGGGACGCCGGUACAAGGUCAAUAACAAAUACGAUGAAGAGAUCGGGGCACGGCCUGUUGAGGAGAUCGUCCGAAGAGCCUUGGCAAGAGUGGGGCAGGAGUGGCACUACAACCUCAUCCAUGAGAACUGCGAGCACUUCGCCACAGAUAUGCGCUACAGAAUUGCCCGCUCUGGCCAGGCGGAGUAUCCCCUUCAGUCUUUUGCGGAUAGAGUCGGUGUGAGAAACAUCACUGCUGUACGGAGUACUGUGCAGGAAACGGAAAGAGGGGACUCUCAGCCGACUCAAGCUCGGGCCACUGUCCGGCGCAGCGGGAACGUCCCCACCGAGCAAUGACCGCCCCGCACUGUCUCUCGCUGGUCCCCGCACACGGAGC